AUGCCUCCCAAACGAAGGGUCCAUGACGAUAACGGUGAGACGCCGUCCACCCUGGCCGGGGGUGCUGCCGUCAGUCGAGAGCUGCCUCCGUUGGCAUCACGACUCGACACAUCUUACGGAUCUGCGCCUUCCACGAUUUUGCGAAACACUCGCCGUGGUCAAAAACGUAAUCUGCAAGACAUUAUCAAGGAAACUCUUCACGACAGCGACGAUCCUGAUGAUCCGGAUGACCCGGAUGAUGGCAACGACAGCGAUGAUGACGAUGCCAGUGCGAGCAGUAGUGAGAGCAGCAACAGCAAACAGCCGCAACCGAAUCCUUCUCGACACACAAGGCAAACAAAGUCGCCAACUCCCAAACCAGCGUCAAAGCCGAAUCCGCCCCGCAGAGUGCAACCAAGUCCUGACCCUGACCCGGACUUCGACCAAGACUUCGGUCCCUAUCGAGAGUCGUCAGAAUCCCCUGAUCCAUCAAGGGAUGCAGCGCCAGACGCGGCCCCCGUCCGCCGCUCACCGCGACGACAAUCACCAGCCAAAAUUGCUCCCUCUGUCGAACCUCCUUCAUUCCAGCAAGGCGCUCUCGUUCCACCACAGCAGUUCUUGCCAGGAGCUGCACCGCCGAGAGGGCAGUUCUCAACUUAUUCACAGUCCAUGGCCAGGAGAGCCAGCUCAGAAGACCCUGCUCAAGGUCUAACACCUGCUAGGCGAUCCCUUCCUGCUGCAAGCUGGAAUUCCGUCUUCGCCCGAGCCAUAUCCGAAGAGCCUUAUUCUCAGUCUCGCUCUCAAUUCGCUCAACAACGAGGUCCUCCGGAGCCGACUCCGACCCCAGACUCAGUCCGUACCUUUGGCCAGGAAAGCUCACUCUUUGGGGGUGCCGAUAUUGGCUCGACCCCGUCGCAGUCAAUUUCUUCAGAGCGUGGUGGUCGCAUGCGGUCCAUAGAGGAGACUGAGGAGCCCUCUCCGCCGAAGGAAGAGACGAGAGGCAUAAAUCUUCUCAGUCCAUUGAGGCGCUUGGCACGCGAUCCCCGGCACAAUCUCAACCGAAAUUUGAACCAGGCGGUCACUCACCAAGGCGUGAUACAAGCCCCGAUCACCAAGGUUUCCGAUAGGCCUCCUCCCGAGCUACUGCCUUUGCUGCCCUCCCAAGGUACCUUCCGUCCACCUCAACAGGGUCCACCAAGCACACCGCCUUCAGAUCGAGUUCGACCGCGCAGCAGUAAAUCUCCUUACCAGGUUUCGCCUGCUCGUCCUGUCAACCAGUCUCCUGCUAAGAGAGACCCACCAGGGUCAGUAGCAAGCUCGCGUCAGCUCGCAGCUAACAAAGCUUCGGUGUCACCUUCUCCUGCUGCAAGGUCGAGCUCGACACGUCUAUCAAGUCGUGUCAGCGAAGAGCCAUCUCUCCAUCAUCAAUCUCCUAACGUCUCAGCCCGCCACUCUUCGCCUCGCAAGCCAAUGCAGGCUAUCAACUUCAGUCCUGCUCGGAGAGGGCCCCUGGCUGGAGAGCAAAAUUCAGCACCUCCUCCCCCCCUGUUCGGUAAACCUCUACCCGUCAAUGGUAACUCAGCACCGUCUCGUUCCUCUGCCAAUGAUCCGCCAGCCAUCAGAGUAGAUGCUCCACCAUCUACAGCGGGCGGAACCGCUUCAACGAGGCUCUCUGGUACAAGUGGCCUCCCUGGCAACAGAGAUGGUCGACAGGCAUCGGCCCCGCCCCGGGCCGGUAUGUUCACUCCUGAAAUGCGAGCAAGGAUACAACAAGAGCAUCUGCAGGAAAGAGUGAAACAAGAAGCCCUUCGAAAGGAGCGCAAUGCACGUUUGCAGGCAUGGCCACGGGUCUAUAACACAGUGUACGAAUGGUCCGCUGUCCCUCGACCGGAUAGCCCUGAGACAGAUGACGGUUUUGAAUCCGACUCGGACGGCCACAUGAACUCAAUCACGACUUCGCGACAGGUUCCCUUAAGCGAGUUCUCGUGGGCAAAUUGGAUCUUGUUCAAGAUCGCCGACGCGUUUGUGGACUUGCUCAGCCUUGUCUUUUCCCUGAACUCUUGGAUCUUCAAGGCUUCGCUCGGCGUUCUGCUUCUUUCACUCUUAACGUGGGGCACGUUGACAGGACUGAACUCGACGCCGGCUAAUGGACUAGGCGGCAUCCAAUGGUACGGUCUGUCAGACCUUUCACACAACCUUGGGCAAUUUGUGCCACUAUGGAUGUCGCGGCCGGCAACGCUCUUCGGCGAUGAGGACGCUAGAGAAUACAUCCGCCAGCAACGCAACCAUGAAUACGAAAUCAUCAAGUUGACGACGGCCAGCAAACUUCACGAGGGGUCGCUGUCACGCUUGAUGGAGAUUGUGCCCAAGGUUGUACACAUGAAGUUGGACAAGAAAGGACGACCCGUCGUGGGGGAUGAAUUUUACCACGCACUGCGUGACCUCAUGAAGAGCGAUACCGAAAUUUUGACGCUGAGCCGGGGUCAUGGUGGCUACCACUUCAUCUCCGAUGAGAACUGGCUGGCGAUCAAGAGCAGACUCCAGAAGGACCCGGUGUACCAAAAAGCUGCUGAGCCGCCUUCGCCGGGACUAUCUACUACGGACGUCGAGAACAUCUCACAGUCCAAGUUUGACAAGACCUGGGAGAAGUGGCUCGUCAACAACAACAAGAAGGUCGCUAAAAUACUGGAACCCCAGUUCAGCACGUCCAUUCCGGACAAAAUUGGCAAAGACCUCGAGGCCAAGAUUGAGAAGUUUGUUAAGGACCAGUUCAAGAACAAGGACACCAAGGACGUCGUGGUGACGCGCGAUGAAUUCAUUCGCCAUCUCAAGGGCGAGUUCGCUACCCACCGGAACGAGGUCAAAGCUGAGGCGCAAGAACUACAGAAGAAGCUGGAGCAGUACAUCAACAACUCAGUUGAGGGUAUUUUGAAGAAGAGUCCGCCAAAGGGCGUCACCCGGACCGAAAUGAUAACAAUUGUUGAUGGCAUGAUCCGCCAGGCGAUUGCGAAUGCUGGACUGGAAGCGCUUGCACAAGGCCAGAUUGGGGCGGUUUGGGACAAAGAACUCCGCCAUCAGGUCAACUACUUGGCCCGUGGCAGUGGUGCUAUUGUGGAAGGGGAUGAUGGGACGCCGGAUUAUGUGCCUCCCAUCAAUGCCAGACCUGGCACCCCGAGUUAUAAGAGAGCAACAUCGCGGAGUCCUUAUAUCCAAUCCAAGGCUGCAACGCAGGUUGGCUGGGAGGACGAAGGGGACUGCUGGUGCGGCAUGGCUGUCGUGGACAGGGACGGGAAAGAAGGCGGUGUCCGCAUCGGCUACAUCCUCAGUCGAGAGAUUGUCCCCCAGCAUCUCGUCGUCGAGCACAUUCUACCUGGGGCUACGCUCAACCCCGACGCCAGGCCAAAAGACAUUGACAUUCUGGCAUACAUCCCCGAUCUCCACACACGCAACCGGGUUGCCGACUUUGCUGCAGCCCACUUCCCAGGAAGUAGACUCGAGGAUGGUUGGGUCAAGAUUGGUCAAUUCACUUACGAAAGUAAGGACACGCUCAACGGAGCACACGUACAUAAGCUCAGCUCAGAGCUGCUUUCCCUGGGAGCCUAUACGGAUCACAUUGUGCUCCACGUUACCAGCAACCAUGGUUCCGACCAUACUUGCUUGUACAGAGUGCGUCUCUACGGCGUUGAGAGCGAGGCUUGA